GAAAACCCUUGAAAACAGCCAUAUUUAUGAAGAAGUACUUGAAAAGUGCUGGGAUUAUUCAAAGACAAUAUAUAGAUUUUUAAAAUAAUUUUAAAGUGUUUAUUUUUCAAUAAAAUGCAAAAACAUUUAUUUUAAUCGAAAUUAGCGCUGCCCCUCCUCCCCUCCCACUUUACGUAUCUCAUUAACUGCUCGUUCUGACGUCACUCACGUGGAGCACAGUUACAGAAUGGUAAGAGACAAUCCCCGGGGAAGUGCAAGUUUAAUCCAGCAUAGCUGGAAAAGGAGGUAUAUAAAAAUUGGCUCCUUGAGGAUCCAAAAAGUGUUCAUCGUCCACAGUGUAAAAUAUGCAGCAAAUCUCUCGAAAUUUCAAACAUGGGCGAGUCGGCGCUGAAGAGUCACAUGCAAGGGGAGCGUCAUGUCAAUGCAGUUGGCCGCACUGGAUCAACAUCCGUCCGAGAAUAUUUCACCCCCACUGUCUCAAAGCAGCAGAACCCUCAACCUACUACAUCAUCAGGAGUCUUGGAUCCUUGGUACGAAACAAUGAUACUUGGAGGGCUGAAAUUCUUUGGACUCUAAAGGCUGUUACAUCGCACUACUCCAACAAAAGUGCUGAGAACAAUUCUGCAUUAUUUCAGCUAAUGUUUCCAGACAGUGUUAUAGCAAAAUCAUUUGCUUGUGGUGAAAAGAAGACAUCCUACAUGGUUAAUUAUGGCAUUGCUCCUUAUGUGAAGCUGCAACUGCUGGAAAAAGUGAAAACAGGUUCAGAAUAUGUCUUGCUGUUUGAUGAAUCUCUUAACAAGGAACUUCAGCUAAAGCAGAUGGAUGUGCACAUUAGAUUUUUGGAUGCAACAGGGUCUCCACACACUAACAAGGUCUCCACACACUACUUGGAUUCUGCCUUUAUGGGGCAUGGUAAGGCAGAUAACUGUCUGAAACAUUUCAAGCACUUGACAGAAGAACUUAAUUUGAGCAAUCUUCUUCAGAUUUGAAUUACUUUAAUUAAGUUGUACCAUCUUGUUUUAUUUUUUUAUUCAUGCAUGCUCCUUUUCGGAGUUUAAGGUAAAUAAAGAAUAUGUUUGUAAAAAUACAUCUCUGAUUUGUAGUCCUUGAAAACCCAAAAAAUGGUGCUUGAUAAGUCCUUGAAAGUCCUGGAAUUUCAUUAGACAAUAUCUGUACGA